AUGAGGGUGCUCUGCGUGGUCUUUGCUGUGCUCCUGCUUCUCUCCCUGGCCACCCCAGGGCAUGGGCAGCCCAAGGGCUUUUGUGACGGGUACUGCGCCCACGCGUGCGGCGAAACUGAGGAGUGGUCCUUCAACCCCUACUGCGAGGAGCUGCACUGCUGCAUCCCCUCUCCCAAAAAGGGGAAAUGACCCUGGAGGAGCCCAGCCCCGCAGCCGUGGAGCUCCCGGCGCUGUGUCCACGGCGUGGCAGAGACGAUGCUCAGUGCUUUGAAGUAAAGAUGGGCAGAUAAGAUCA